AUGCGUAGGACGCUCAGGAGAUCAUGCGAUGCUUGUGCGAGAUCGAAACUGAGCUGCGAUCUACGCACACCCGAAUGCUCACGCUGUCGAAAACGGAAAGCCAGCUGUGUCUACGUAAACGAGCCACUUACCUCGUCAUCCACCGAGAAUAUAUCUUCUAAUUAUACUUCCCGGAGCAUAAGUAAUGACACAAUUACCUCGCCUGCACUAUGGAAUCAUCCUGCGAAUAAGGCCUUCGACCCUUUCGACACUUAUCCAGCGACAAGACUACCCCGGGCUCGCGUUCAGCAACUCAUCAUUCAUUUUUUGUCAAACAUCGCCUUCCAGUAUUAUCCAUUGGAUCUCGACGCAAUGUCAAACCCUUUCGUUGUGUCAUGGUGGCCACUUGCACUGCAAGUAAUAUCCGUGUACGAAUUGAUGCAUGACUCAGCUUUGUUUCACGUCAGCCUCCAGACGGCGUCGUUGGACAUAGAGAUGAGAGCCCAGAAUGGAUUCGAAAACUCUGAGGUUCUCAUGGCAGACUCCAUUUCAUUAGUCCGGCGACGAGUUGAAGACCCAUUUCAGGCUUAUGAGGACGAAACCAUGAACUCGGUGGUAACGCUCGCUGCCAUAGAGGUAUGA